AUGACGACGCCGAAACAUCAGCCGCGGAGCAGUAUCGCCUCCGGAUCAUCACGGAAGUUGGUCGGUGCCUUGUCUUUAUUUGCUGUGAUCGCAGCUGUUGGUGUUGGCAGGUUCUGGAAAUAUACACCAAACUGUCGAACUAUUCCAGGCGAUGCGUCGUGGCCCGGUCAGAGUAUAUGGGACAGACUGAAUGAAACGGUCGGUGGCAAGCUCAUCGCAACGGUGCCAAUCGCUGCGCCCUGCCACAAGACCUUGUAUGGAGAGCCAAACGGCUUGUUUGACGAGGAUGCAUGUGCAGCACUUCGGGACAACUGGUUCCUACCCGAGACUCAUCUCCCUCAUCCCUCCUCUCCCAUGGCCUACCCCUUUUCGAACAACUCUUGCAAUCCUUGGCUCGAUGCCGACACGCCGUGUGAGGUUGGGAGUCAUGCGGUUUACACAAUCAAUGCAACUACGGCGUCGGACCUGCAAGCGGGAAUUCAGUUCGCGAAAGAACACAACAUCCGCCUGGUGAUCCGCAACACUGGCCACGACUACCUAGGAAAGUCUACGGGCGCUCACACAUUGGGUCUAUGGACGCAUCAUCUCAAGUCUAUUGCACUGGUCCAGUAUGACGACAGCACCUAUACGGGCCCUGCGCUGAAGCUCGGCGCGGGGGUAGAGGGCCUGGAGGCCCAUACUUUUGCGGAUGCGAACGGCCUUCUUGUAGUCGGCGGCAACUGUCCAACAGUUGGUAUAGCGGGCGGCUUUAUCCAAGGUGGCGGCCAUGGGCCGUUGGUUUCCAAAUACGGCCUGGCUGCGGAUCAGGCGCUCGAGUUCGAGGUUAUCACUGCGGAUGGCAAAAUCCUGACAGCCAGUUCAAGCAAGAACAGUGACCUUUUCUGGGCGCUGCGAGGCGGUGGAGCAGGGACUUUCGCUCUGGUCACAUCAGUUACUAUGAAGGCAUAUCCCGACACCUACGUAUCAUCAGCUUCGCUGACGGUGCUUAACAAUGGAGCGAACGCGGAUGCUCUAUAUUCCUCGAUCGGGUCCUUCAUCAAAGAGACUCUACCUCCUCUCGUGGAUGCUGGUGCCUUCGUGGUAUGGGUCGUGGCUCCUUUUGGGUUCAUGGUUACGCCGGCGAUAGCACCAGGUCUGACAUCAGCCCAAUUGGAUGAGUUUCUGCAACCGACCAUCGACACACUCAACAGUGCGGGCUUGGAAUUCCAGUAUGCGUCGGAACAGAGUCCCACAUUCCUGGAAAGGUAUCACACCAUAACGAAAGCCACCAGCUGGAAUGUUUCAGAUUAUAACCUGGGAGGCCGCCUGAUCUCCCGAAGCGUUGCUGUAAAUGACACCGACAACUUGGUCGAGGCGAUCCGGCACAUCAGCUCUCAAGCAUUGAUGUCUGGCGUGAGCUACAACGUCGCGCACAGCGUUUCUUCCCCGAGCGACGUGGCGGUGAAUCCGUACUUUCGCGAGGCCCUCUUCGGGGUUGCCCUCGGAAACCCCAUCAACUAUGAGGACUGGGAUGCUACCUUGGCUGCGCAAGAUCGAAUCACAAACGACCUAGUCCCUGCCUUGGAGAAGGUCACCCCCAACGGCGCAUCGUAUCUUAGCGAGGCGGACUUCCGACAGGCGAACUUUCAACAGACCUGUUACGGAGAGCACUAUGCGAAGCUGCUUGCAAUCAAGCGGAAGUACGACCCGGCCGGUGUCUUCUACGCCAGAACAGCCGUAGGCAGUGAAGAGUGGGAGGAAAGCCCCGGUGGUAGAUUGUGUAGAGUAGGCUGA